GACCACAGAGAGAGGAAAACAUCGUUUAUGACAGACAUUUGGUCCUCGGUCAGAUCUGCUGCAACGAGAGAAGCUGCCUCAAUAAUCAAGCUGGGUGUGGUGUUAAAGAAUCUGCUUCCACAAUGGAGGAAACCAGUAUUGAAGAUUCAUUUGUGGAUCUUUACUGUGAGGAAGAAGAGGACCCUGCAUCAAUAACAUGUGCUGCCUGUGAGGCUGACUAUCAUGAAACUGGUGCAGAUGGUAAUGCUGUUUGUCGUCAUGUGAAGACAACCGUGUAUAAUAUCAGCCAUGAAUUAGUGUCUCAGCCUCAGGAGACUCCUGUUGGGAUAGUGGAGAGCUACAUCGUGAUCAACUGCAGAGAGGAAGAAACUUUACAAGAGACAACAGACACAAACGACUCAACAGAGAUCAGGGAUUUCCAAGGAAAGCAAAACCUUGAAGAAGAAAGAAAAAAACAACAUAACAAGCUUGAGAGCCUUCUGGAGAAUCUGGGGUUGGAGCAGUACUACAGUGAGAAGCUAUCGUUAAGUGAAAUACUUGGGAUUGAUGAGAAGACAAUUACUGAUGACCCUGGCAAAUGGAGAUCAAAUGUCCCAUUUUAUUUCCUUAAGAAAUUGGUGAUGGUUAAUGUGACUGCAAGGAAUGUGAAAGCUGUGUCAUGUGACUCAAAUGAUCCUCCAUCUGAGUCAAACUGUGAUGAUGAAUCAGAGACUGCAGAGUGCAAUUUUGAGGAUCUGUUUGACAGCCCAAAUAAGGCUGAAAAGUUUAACCCCCUUGAUAUAAUCACUGCUCUCUUUCUAUGUUCUGAUUAUUUUGUUCAGCAAGAGUUAUCACUAAAAAUGUCCAUGUGUCAGUUCUCUGUUCCUCUGCUGCUUCCCAACUGUGACACAGAGCAGUGCACCCUGAUGCUGUGGGCCAUGAGAGACAUUGUUAAGAAGUACAGACCUCCAGAUCUUUCAAAAUCAAAGGGUUUCAUUGAAGACAGAAUAGUUCUUUCAGAGCUUCCAAUGGUCUCAUUUGUGAGACUGGGUGAGUGUUCCUUGUCCAAAUCAGAGAUCCUCAAUAAACUUCUGAGUAACUCUCAGCAGUACCAUGACACCUUUGUUCACCACAACAUGGAGUGUGGAGACAGUCCAAGAAGAAUAUCCAAUGGACUGACUGAAAUUACCUGGUACCUUCCCUGUGGAAACAAAAACAUGGACAUUUUCAGUGAGCCGGUUGCUAUAGCUAACCUUCGUGGUGAUAUUACUUCAUAUGAAACACAAUUCUCCUUUUUGUGUCAGACAUCUGCAGCAGUUUUUGUGUUCUUUGAUCAGCUGGACUCUGAGUGCAAACUGCUGACUAACAAAACCCACAAAGCAAAGAUCUUCUUGGUGGGAAACCAAAAAAGCAAGAGCCUUACUCCAGAUGCUCUAAAGAAAAUAACAAACACACUGGGCUUGACGAAAAACAACAUAAUUAUAAAAACAAAACAGACAAAUGAUGCAGACUUUGUCAAAUGUUUGAGGAGUACUAUAAGUGGUGUACUUACCAAACCAGAGGUGAAGAUGUCAGUAGAGCAAAUGGCUGAUGUUGCACAUGAGCUGGGAAUUUCAGUUGAUGAAGAUUCUCCUGAGUGCCAAGCUGGGAAGAAAAAUGCAGAUGCCAUCACUGCAGAGAUUGAAGACACCUUUAAAUACAAAGAAAAACAGUUUCCUUUGCAAGGCCAAAUAUGGAAGGAACUGACUUUCUUGGAAAAGGAAGAAUUUCGUCUUCGAAAAGUUGGUUCUGAAAACAUAGAAAACUACAAAAGCAAUAUUGAAAAAAAAAAAGAAGAGCUGCGUAAAAAACAGAACUCCUAUGCUAUGUCAGAUGCUAUAACAUGCUUCAUUAGUGCACUAUCCAGCCCAGACAGGGAGAGCUGUUAUUUUCUGAAAUGGAUGCGAAUGAACCUCGACAACUUGUCUCGAAUAAAACUUUCUGACCUUCGGGAGCUUUACAAGGAAAAAUGCAAAGAUACUGAGAACAAAAAGGAAAUCAAAGAAAUCGACCGACAACUUUCCAGUUGCUCACUGGGAACUGAGCAUUUCUUCCGUGAAAUGGGUCAGAUCUACGAAGCUUCUCUUUACCUUCCAGAAACACACGUAUCACGUCAACAACUGCAACAUCUGCCCAAACUCUGUGCUCAGUUGUUGCUGGAUGGGUUUCCUCUUGAGCUUGUAGAUGGAGAUGCUUCCAACAUACCUCUCAGAUGGGUGAGUGAUGUUCUCUCUCAGCUCAAUGACUUGGUGUCUCCAAAGAACAAGAUCCUGGUAGUCACAGUUCUUGGAGUUCAGAGCACAGGAAAAUCCACUCUCCUUAACACCAUGUUUGGAGUGCAGUUUGCAGUCAGCAGUGGUCGAUGCACUCGAGGUGCCUUCAUGCUGCUCAUCAAAGUCCAUGAAAAUAUCAAAAAUGUUCUCAAAUGUGACUUUGUGGUGAUCAUCGACACUGAAGGCUUAAAGUCACCAGAGCUCGCUCAACUGGACAACAGCUAUGAGCAUGACAAUGAACUGGCAACACUUGUUGUUGGGCUGAGUGAUAUCACCAUUAUCAAUAUUGCAAUGGAGAAUUCAGUAGAAAUGAAAGACAUCCUGCAGAUAGUGGUGCAUGCUUUCCUUCGGAUGAAGGAGGUCGGAAAAAAGCCUAAAUGUCAGUUUGUUCACCAGAACGUUUCUGAUGUUUCAGCCCAUGAGAAGAAUCUACGAGACAGGAAGCUGCUCUUAGAACAGCUGAAUGAGAUGACCCAGGCAGCAGCUAAAAUGGAAAAGAAAGAGGAGAACAAGAGCUUCACUGAUGUCAUGGAGUACAAUCCAGAGACUGGGAACUGCUACAUUCCUGGACUCUGGAAUGGAAACCCACCAAUGGCACCAGUCAAUGCAGGAUACAGUGAGACUGUCUAUGAGCUCAAAAAUAACAUCAUCCAACUGCUGGGAAGGUGUGGGCCAACUUCUAACAACAUCUUGGAGUUCAGAGAGUGGAUAACCAGCCUCUGGAACGCAGUAAAACAUGAAAACUUCAUCUUCAGCUUCAGAAACAGCCUGGUAGCUGAUGCUUACAUGAGGCUCUGCACAGAGUACAACAAAUGGGAGUGGAAGUUCAAAAAAGAAAUGUACACCUGGGUUACCAAAGCAGAAACUAAAAUUUCUAAUUUUGGUACAGUUGCUGCAACAUCUGAGAUAUCUGACAUGAAGGAUUUCAUCACUGUGUUGAAAAGUGAAGCAGCCACAGAGCUGACCAAGUGGGAGACAAUGAUUCUUGACAACCUGAAAAAAUACUUUGAGCAGGCACAAGGUCACGUUUAUCUGGUUGAAGGAUACAGAGAGGAAUUUUCCAACAGCAUAAAGAGUCUUCGAAGGCAAACUGAAAGCUCAGUGUUUAAUCAGCUCACAGCAGCAGCUGACAUCAAACAGGGAUUGAAAGAACUCGAUAAAAUCAAGGCAACUUAUACAGAAGAAAUUGAGAAAGCAGUUUGUACAUUAAUUGAUAAAUGCCGAAUGAAAAAAGUGAAAAUGGCAGACAGAGAGCUUGAUGAAAGUUUUAAUAAGAUGUGGACUGAAACACUAAACACCUUGGCUUUCUAUGAACAGCAGACUUCAAAUAUCUUCACCAGUGUGUCCCUUCAGUUGAGAACAAAUCUUUCACACAAGGGAAGUCAUGCAUGUGAACUGCUGAGUAUAAAAAACCUGCAAGACUGUGGACUGGAGGCUUUUAUAUACACACCCAAAGGAGUGAGAAAAAACAUCAAAAACAAAGUAAAGGGAUGGUGGACCUCGACAGACCCUGUAAAAGCAAGACAAGAAACAGCUGACAGCAUCAUUUCUGCUUGCAAUGACUCUGUUAGUGACAAAAUUAAGAAAAAAACUAAUUAUCAUGAUACUUACAUCCAGGAGAUCCUUCACAUCAUUGAUGAGAGGCUGAGCAAUGCUGAUGUUGACACUGAGUUUGAAGUUUCUCUGAAACAGCACAUCUGUGGAUAUGCAGCCAAGGAGUUUCAGAAAAUGCAUGAAGAUUUUAUACAAGAAAAUGAUCCUUACAGAUGUCUGCAGAAAAACAAGGAAAAGUUCUGCACUGCUUUCAAAGAUGUGUUCUAUAAACGAGACCAAUGCCAGAAGAAAGCUGAAGAAUUCACCAACCAAUGUCUAAAACCUGCUGUGGAAGACUUCAUCCAUCGUUCUCUUGGCCUCAACAUAAUUGAUGAAAUGCUGACAAGAGAGGAGUUCAGCACACGAAUGUCCUUCCAGUAUUCAGUUUUAGUGGACUUGAUUUCAAAGAAUGAAUUUGAACUUUAUCUUUACUACAUCUGCUCGUAUGAAGAAUAUUUAAAAUCCCAGAUAUUCGACAGAAUAAAGGAGCACUUUUCUGAGGGUUCUAUUUUAAGUGAAAUUGAAAACAGACAUCUUGAGUCAAGCAUCGGCAACAUCGAUAGUGCAAUCAAAAAGGCCAUACCAACUGGUAGUCUGAAGACAUUUGUUAAAGAUAUCUGCAAAGAACUUGGUGAUAAACUGGUCAUUUCCCAGGAUGCUCUUGGUGCCUUCAUGGUUCUGAACAAUGCUGACCAGAAACAGUUUUCUCACUGGCUCACAGUGUCUGUGAAGGACAUGGCAGGUGCUCUGAUUGCAGAGAUUCAGGACAGACCCUUUGAAACCAAACUGAAGCAUCUCCAUGUGAAACCCCAUAUUGAUCUUUUCAACAGAGUGAUUGGUUGUGGCCACCAGUGUCCAUUCUGUUCUGUACCCUGCGAUGCAGGUGGAAAAGCCCACACUGAACACUUUGCUUCACUGCAUCGUCCACAGGGUUUAGGUGAGCACAGGUGGGCUGGAACAGAGCAACUUAUGACUGACAUCUGCUCUUCUCUGGUUGUCAGUGGAAAGACUUUUUGCUGCAAUACCACAAAGGAUGAAUGGCACCUUUACAAAAAUUAUAAGGAGACCUACCCAAACUGGGACAUUCGUCCAGAUGUAAGUCUUGAGGCAUCAGACUACUGGAAAUAUGUGAUGGCCAAGUACAACAAUGAAUUUGCUGCAGCAUACAUGGCAAAUCCAGCUGACAUUCCUACUUUUUGGAAGAAUAUCACAAAAGAAGAGGCAAAAGAAAGCCUUAAAGUGUCAUUUAACAUCAAGUGAGAAUAGAGUUUCCUAUUUAGGAAUUUGUAGUCUUAGGAAGAUAAAAUCUGGCACUUGAAAACAUUUUGAUUAACAUUAUUUGAAAAUAGGAGAAACAAACUAUUUUAAUACCCAUAAAAAGUUGUGCUAACCUGUUGCACUUAACCCUCCUGCAGUCCUGGCUAAGCACUAGAACAAAGCGAGGCAGAUGUCACGGGAGGCGCCAGAAAGAACUGCACCCGGGGUUGCUCUGACCCUCGCAGGACCAAAAAGCUAGGCCAAGGGGAAAACUCGAGUAGCGCACGCGGGGUCCAUGCGACCCCUCCAAGACUACAGGAGGGUUAAGAAACACAUUCAUAAACGUAUUAUUGUUGCUUCUUAAUGCUUUAGAAUGACCUGCUUUUCUUUUAAUUCUUAUGUAUGUGGAGAAAUUUAUUUUGAUGUAUCCUAUUCAAAGAUUUGUGUUCAUGCUUCCUAUUUUGCCUCCUUGAAGUUUUCUGUGUGCCAGUUUUGCUUGAAUGUUUAUACAUGUUUACCAUAGACAAAAAUAGUGUCAGGUUGUACCCAUGUUUGGUUUUAUAAUGGCUUUACUUUUUUGUGUAGAAAUCUUGGUUCAAAUAUCAACACUUUGUGUAAUGUGUUACUCAAGUCUGCAGACUGUUUGUGAAUGUCUUUAAUGUUUCAAUGAUAACAAUCACUUUAUAGCAAAAUAAAUAAUAAUGUAACAGAUUUACCAUAAUUUAUUUACAUAAGUUUACUUUCCUUUUUACAAUUGCUUACAAUGUUACUUUUUUGUCCUGUUUUUAAUUCACUGUUAAGUGAGGAUUUGAAAUUAAGCUGGAAAACCAGGAAAACAUGAAGGCUGAGUAACUGACUAAUACAGAACCAGAGUUACUUAUCAAACUGUCACAAAAACAACAGGUCAUAAUCCUGGCAGAAAGAUAAUAUGACCUUUAUUACAAUUCUUCCUGCAAAGUGUUAUAGAAGUCAUCUGAGUCUUAUUUAUUCCAUUACUAUACUUUAAAUAUUUCUUUUCAGAUGUAUUUCGUGUUUUCAUUUUGAUCAUGGAUUUGUUUUGUUUUUCAUUACAUAAAAGAAACUACUUAGAUCUGUAACAGGUAUAACAUAUCACAUCUUGUCCAAUUAAUAUCUAGUUGCUGUUUAACUAUAAUGAAACAGGAAGUGUACAAUAAGAAAACAAAUGUAGAGUGCUCACCUUUACUGUCUUGAAUCAUUUCUCUGCAAAUAUUUUGCUAUUAACAUGAUUAUUAAUAGUUUUGUUUUAUAUUUUCUUGUGUUUAAUGAUUGUUUUUGUUUCUCUUGAGGGAAUACAAUUAUAAAGAUCUCUAGUUUUGGUAAUAAAAUCACCUCAUUGUUAAAUUGAAAAA